AUGAAGCGUCUAACAAAAACACAUCAUAUCACUCCUGGCACACCAUUUUUGUUGCAUGUAGAUCACAAUGUAUUUCCUCGUGAUCUUCAUCUGUCGAAUAAAUAUGCGAAAGACUCAUUUUCAAGCGUUGCCAAUCUUUUCAUAGCCGACAGGAAGUAUUUUGAUCCUGAAUUUCUUCCUGCACUUUCGAGUAUUACACAAAGAAAAGAAGAAACAUCGUUCAAUGAUUUUGAAUAUGGAUCCAAUGUAACACGAUGGCUACGUCCUGAGCAAAUUCGAUGGUCUAAGGAAAGUCAACAGUAUCCAUUAUCUAUAUUCAAUGACCCGCAUUCGAAAGACAUUAUUCAGGGUCGUCUUGGUGACUGUUGGUUGAUAUCUGCAUUGGCACUAAUCGCUGAUAUACCAGAAAUAUUAUAUAAAAUUAUGAUUACAAAACAAUAUAAUCCAGCCGGACUUUACAAAAUUCGUUUGUGCAACCGAGGAAUUUGGCGAACUGUUACGAUCGAUGAUCUGUUACCUGUCUCAGAAUUUGAUACACUUGCGUUUACACGAAGUCUGAAAAAACAGUUGUUCGCUUCAUUGAUCGAGAAAGCAUUGGCGAAAAUGUAUGGAAGUUACAAAGCGCUUGAAUCUGGACGAUGUGUAGAAGGUUUGCAGAUAUUAACCGGUGAACCGUGUGAAGUAUUUUCAUUGCACUCUGUUGAGUCGAAAAAGAAGGCAAAUCUUGAUAUUUUAUGGACAAAUAUCGUUCAAUCACAGGCGAAAGGUCUAGAGCCAGAUCAUGCGUACAGUAUCCUUGAUGUACGACAAGUUGCUUCUCGAAGAUUUGUUCGAUUGCGUAACCCGUGGGGAAUGAAAGAACGACGUUUUAGAUCGACAGACAAUGAUGGUGUGUUCUGGAUGCCCUGGGAAGCUAUGUCUUUACUCUUCAGUGAGAUUACCAUUUGUAAAAUCAAUGCAAGUGGAUAUAAGAUUCGUAAGAGAGGGCAAUUCAGUGACUUUUCUUCGAAAGUAACAUCAGCGUACAACCUGCAUUGUUCGUACGAAACUGAACUUAAUAUUGAAUUGUUCAACCCCGUUAACACCAUAACCGAUAAUCAGUCAAAUGAUCCGGCUAUCGAUCUGUUCUUGAUUGUACUUUGUUCCGAUGGUACUUGCAAACAAUAUAAGCACAGUCUUGAUUACUAUGUGACCCUAUCGAUAACAGUACCUUCUGGUCAAUACGUAAUACUCGCUGGAUCAAUGUCCGUAGUUAACUACUCGAUAUAUUCAAAAUUUAAUUUGGUUGUACAUGCCGAUCAACCGUUUGUUCUUAAAGAACAACCAGCAUCCUAUGAAUUGGUUGCAAAUGCAUUCCAUGCAGUUGCCCUUCAAUCUAAUAAUCGAAAAGUAUUUGGAGAUGGCGUAUCGAUUCUGACAUUCGACGACAAUGGAUGCUUUGGCUUCAUUUGUGAAAAUCGAUCAAAUCGAGCCAUUCGUUUUGCUAGCGAUUUUCAUGGUUCUAUCAAUGUUCUACCUUCAAGAAAAACGCUUCGGACGAAUGAUAUUAUUCCAGCUCGAACCAGGCAACUUUUCGCAAUAUACACACGAAAGGUGAUGUCUGACGAUGUUAAUAUCGUCUACCAAGUAGAGUAUAGCUCGUUGAACACAGCGACACCUGGUGUUGAUCACACUUGCGCAAGAAACACCCCGCCUAUAUCUGUCCAAGCGUUUGGUCUUCACGUACCGAAGCCUAUUUACUGA